CUUCCCCUCCAUUGUUCUACCCUCUUUACCUCGACCGACCUUUGAUUGCAGGUUCAAUCUCUUCUUUUCCCUCUCUCUUUGUAUACGUCACCAUGGAAAGCCGUGGCUUGACUCUCCGCAGCAAAUCUCGCCGGCCCCGACCCCAGAUCAGUGCUCCGAAGCCCAUCUCCGGCCCUCUUCCGCCCAACACCACCAGUCCCAGCCCCAGCACUUCAACCACUACUUCUGCUGUCAGUAAGCCUGCUGUACCCGUGCAGGGGGCAACCGCCAGCUCUGCCACCAAGGAUGCGACUUCCGAUCUAGUCAAGCGACGGUACUCUACCAGAUUCAAUCAAGUCCCCGACUUUGAUGGCGUGCCGCCGGUGCCCGGACUCCCUCCGCUCCCGGCCACGUAUGGGGGAUUGAGUCCCCCCGAGACGAGUCGUCGACCCUCCACCGAGUCAUCGGGUCCGCCAAAGGUCGAUCUAAAUGCAUUGCGAGAUCCCAGUUUGCCCGUCGAUAAAUAUGUGGCCAACUUGCUUGCGAAUGCGUCCGAGGAAGAGAUUGAAGAAUAUCAGCGCAGCCUACGAAAGGUCAAGAACCGAACAUCGACCGACCUCCAGCAGAAUGUUUACCAGAAUCGGACCCAAUUCAUCAAGAUCAGUAAAGAGGCGGAAAAGCUCAAAGGGGAGAUGCGGACUCUACGGACCCUAAUGGCGGAGCUGACAACCGCACUCGGCCAGACUACAGUCGGCACCACCUCAAACCUCAUGUCCCCGAUGCCCGAUGAACGGCUAUCCAAGCGCCACGCCAAUCGCAGUUCGAUCGCGAACCUCGAGAGCAUGUGGAACGUGCAGUUGCAGACGUUAUGGAAGACGGUGGAAGGAUCGCAGAAAUUCUUGCCAGUCGUGCCCGGCCGGCACAUCGUGAUGGAAAGUGGACAUUGGGUUGAGCUGGAUUCAGCAACGUGGAAGCCGCGGCGCCCCGUGCACAUAGUGCUGUUGAACGAUCAUCUGCUGGUGGCGGCCAAGAAGCGCAAGCGCGUGGACCAGAGCAGCCACCGGGGCCCUGUGCCCACCAAGCUGGUAGCCGAAGAAUGCUGGCCUUUGCAAGAUGUGGACAUGAUCGAUUUAGGGGCUAAUCUGGGGGCGGGCGUUGCGCGCGAGGAAGCUGAAGAUCGAGGCAUCACCAAUGCGAUCAAUGUGCGUGUUGGAGGCAAACCCUUCACUUACCGACAUGACAAGCGGGACAGCUCCGCCAAGAGUGAUCUACUUGCUACUUUCCGAAAGACAGUCGAAGACCUUCGGCGUACUCUCCGGUCGGAAACCGAAGCCGCUGGCAAAGCUGCCCCUGAGACGAUAGGUUAUCGCGGGGUGCGCCACCCUUCCUAUUCUCCUCAACCGGAUCGGUUGGACAGUGUGGAUAGCGGACGGGACAAGCCUGAGUUGCGCAUUGAUGUAGACGGCAAGCAACAGAAUUUGCGAUGGCUAGAAGGGCAGGUGGACGAAUUAGACAUAGACAUCGCUCUGCAACGGUUUGAGGAUGCCGUGGGCCACAUUGAGCGAUUGCGCAAACUGGCUAGAGGACUGAAGAGCAAUGCGGUCGCGCAGGACGUGAUCACAACGAAGGUCGAUGAGCGUGCGGCCACCCUGGCGGAGGUCUUGCUGCGUGCUCUGGUGGAAACUCACUCAUUCCCUCAAGCCACUAAGACGAAGACAACAUGGCUGAUGCGCCUGGGCUUUGAGGACCAAGCUCGGGAGGCCUAUCUCAAAGCGCGGUCUGAUAUCAUAUCUAAGCGAAUCCGAGCCUGUGUUUUCGAGGGCGACCUCCCGAUAUACAUCUUCCAGAUAUCGUACGUCUACUUUACCUUGAUCAAGAACACGAUCAGUAUCUACCAGCAGUGCUUCCCGCCAGCCAUGUCUAGCGCUAGUAUCAAAUGGGCCAAGUAUCACCUCGACGGGUUCAAUGCGCUCCUCACGCGGCAGCUUAGCAGUGUGCAGCGCGGCACCACGGUAUAUCAGAAAUGCCUUGAUAUCGUGCACGAGCAUGCCAACCUAUUGACCGAGGUCGGUGUCGAUUUCACUGACCUCGUCGCGAAGGGGCUCGAGGUGGAGGAUCUCGCCGAACGUCCGCAGAUGACGCGCUCGGAGUCGUUAAUCUCGGGGUUGGCCGAAGCUGCGGCUGCUGCGUCGCCGGUCAUCUGAGGUGGAGUCAUAGUUAUGGGUUUCGUCCAGCGUUGAGUUGUUAGCCUGCAUAUAUACGCCUACAUUUAGUACCCCAGCCUCAGGAGGCUUCAUUGUGUGACUGUAUGAUUCGGUUCUGUUAGAGCUUGCUGCUCUCUGUUUCUAUAUCUUUAGACCUAUGCAACCAUGUGUCGAUUACGAUCCGCUUGAACGAAGAGAGAAU